GAUUUGUUUGUGAAUCGAAUGUCGAACUUUAAACACACUGGAAAUAUCUAUAUGACUUAAACAGAUAUGACAGCUUUAUCAACAAACUUACACAACAGAGUUGGUUUUAACAUUUCUAUUUCAGCCAAGAAAAAAUACAUUUUAACAAUGUUUCAGGUAAGUUGCAUCAAAAUUAACUAGGAUAAAUUAAAUCUAAAUAAGCAACCUUAUAAACAACAUUUAAAAGAAUAGCAAAUAUUGCUUAGGGCCAAGCUAAGCUACAUUUUGGAAACUGAGUCGGACCUACCAGCCAUGCGUACGAACUUCCGGUUCGAGUACGGUUGCUGUCAGAAGCAGAAGCAGUGCUGUCACCCAUGCUGUCACCGCAAAGCAGCGUUUGAAAAUGAAAGGACUGUGACAGAUUCCUGGAUCAAUGGAUGAGGAUCUAUAACCCCACGACGCUGUUAACUGCAUCGUAAUAGCUGCAGCAAUGCUCGCUUUUGGUUUAACAAUAGUCCGACAUGGUGAGACGCAGUGCAACAAAGAUGGCAUUUUACAAGGUCAGAAAAUAGACUCACCGCUUUCUGAAAUUGGGAUACGUCAAUCUGAGGCUGCUGGCCAGUACCUCAGGGAUGUAAAAUUCACAAACGUGUUUGUCAGUGACAUGAAACGUGCCAAGCAGACUGCAGAGAUCAUUGUGAGAAACAACAAAACCGGCCAUGAUAUAGAACUAGUAGCAGAUCGAUCACUUAAAGAGAGAAGAUUUGGUGUAGCUGAGGGAGGUCGAGUCAUAGAAAUGAAAAACAUGGCUAAAGCAGCCGGGCAGCCUUUACCAGAGUUCACUCCACCUGAGGGAGAAACCAUGGAGCAGGUGAAGGUGCGAAUCAAGGAUUUUCUCAAGGCUAUGAUGCAGCGAAUAGUUAAUGACCAUCAAGACAAAGUACAACAUGGUGGGAUAUCCAUAUCAGAUGAAACCAGUUGGGCUCCUGCAGGACUCCCAGAUGACGGAGUCUUGAAUGUUUCUGUCCAUGUCUUGGUUGUCGGCCACGGGGCUUAUAUGAGCAUAAUGAUGCGCCAUUUUUUUGAGGACCUGAAGUGCCCCAUGGGCCGUGGUUUAGACCCAGCUCAACAGUUUUCCAUCUGCCCGAACACCGGAAUGUGCCGUUUUAUUAUCACUUUGAAAUGUAGUAAUGCGGGUUUUGCGUUUUCAGACAUAAAAUGCGUGUUCAUCAACAGAAGAGAUCACAUCAAGACUGAUUGAGAUCUGAUUCAUCAUACAGAAUUAUGUAAUAUCACUUUUAGAAAGACAACCUUUACAAAUAUCUCAUUUGAUUUUACAAUAUAACUUCUGAAUCCUAUAUUGUAUACCAUUCAGACACUGGCAGUAUUAAAUAUUGUUUUUUCGAAGAUUUCGAAGUGUUUGUGUGUAUGUAAGUUAUUGAUUUACUUUUAAAUGGUAUAAACGUGUAAAUGUUAACUAAAUAAAUGUCAUACAUCUA